AUCCAAAUAAAGCCUUCGGCUCCGCAGCUUCGUCUCCCGAUCUCAUCGAGCGCCGGCGAAGCUCCGCCAUGGAUCUGAUCCUUCGUCGCCGUCGCAGUUGCAGCAGUAGAAGCUUAGUGUCCAUCCUUCUCCUCUUCUUCUUGGUAGCCUCCAUCCUUGAAUCAAGUGCUGAAGUGCUUACCCUAACGGCAGAGUCCUUCAAUGACAAGGUGAAGGAGAAAGACACCAUCUGGUUUGUAAAGUUCUGUGUUCCAUGGUGUAAAUAUUGUAAGAACUUGGGAACUCUUUGGGAAGACUUGGGAAAUGCUGUGGAAGGUGAAGAUGAAAUAGAGAUAGGAGAAGUUGAUUGUAGUACUAGCAGAACAGUGUGCUCCAAAGUUGACAUUCAUGCAUACCCAACAUUUAAGAUAUUUUAUGAUGGAGAGGAAGUUGCCAAAUAUACAGGUCCAAAAGAUGUUGAAUCACUGAAAGCAUUUGUGCUGGCUGAGGCAGAGAAAGCAGCACAAAAGAAACUAGAAGAUGAUAGUGAGUUGUAGUACAAGCAGAGAAAACGCACAACGGGCUCCGGUUUUUUUAAUUUACUUUCAGAUUUGUUCUAAAAAAAAAUUAUAUUCUAGUCCAGAAAGAUCAUCUCCUCCAAAUUAUGUUCAGGAAGAUUUUUAUUUGUACCAUUUUAACAGUUUUUGAUAGCCAAAAACUCUUCUGUUUUUGAAUGUGCUGUAACAAUCGCCUCCAAUUAUAUUCAGGAAUAUUUUUAAACCGUCCUUAAUA